AUGUGAUGUAUUUCUUUUCCUCUAGCUUGCAAGUCAUGGGCUCUCCGGAGACUUUCCCUCCAGCCUGCCCAGCAGAAGAAGAUUCCAAACCGGUAUUUGGGUCAGCCCAGCCCCUUCACACACCCACACCUUCUCAAACCAGGGGAGGUAACCCCAGGAUUGUCACAGGUGGAAUAUGCUCUUCGCCGACACAAGUUGAUGGGACUGAUCCAGAAGGAGGCCCAUGCUUGGGAUGGACUGGACCAUACAGUGAUUCUGCUAUCCAACCCUACGUACUACAUGAGCAAUGACAUCCCCUACGUUUUCCACCAGGACACUAACUUUCUGUACCUCUGUGGGUUCCAGGAGCCUGACAGCAUCCUGGUGCUGCAGAGCCUUCCUGGCAAAGCGCUGCCCUCCCACAAGGCCAUCCUUUUUGUGCCCCGAAGAGAUCCAAGCCGAGAGCUGUGGGAUGGGCCCCGAUCAGGCACAGACGGGGCUGUUGCUCUUACAGGAGUAGAUGAAGCUUACACUAUUGAGGAGUUCAGGCACUUGGUGACCAAACUGAAAGGUGAGUCAAACGUGGUUUGGUAUGACUUGACCAAGCCAGUGCAUACACAGCUGCACUCUGACUACCUGCAGCCCCUGACGGAGAUAAAAGCUCGGAGCAAAAACCACAUCCAAGGCAUCCGACGCCUAGUGCAAAACCUUCGGCUGAUCAAAUCUCCUGCUGAGAUUGAAAGGAUGAAGAUUGCUGGACAGGUGACGGCAGAGGCUUUCAUAGAGACAAUGUUUGCCAGCAAAUCCCCAGUAGAUGAAGCAUUUCUGUAUGCAAAGUUCGAAUUCGAGUGCCGGGCUCGUGGUGCUGACAUCUUGGCUUAUCCUCCUGUUGUUGCUGGUGGCAAUAGAUCCAACACCUUGCACUAUGUGAAAAAUAAUCAACUCAUCAAGGAUGGUGAACUGGUUUUGCUAGAUGGUGGAUGUGAGUCUUCCUGCUAUGUAAGUGACAUCACGCGUACCUGGCCCAUCAAUGGAAGGUUCACUGAACCCCAAGCAGAACUAUACCAGGCUGUCCUGGAUAUCCAGAAGUCUUGCCUGAGCCUCUGCUCCCCAGGUGUGAGUCUAGAGAAUAUCUACAGCCUCAUGCUGAGCCUUAUUGGACAGAAACUGAAAGAGCUGGGAAUCCUAAAGAGCAACAUCACUGAGAGCCACUUUUUCAAGGCUGUUCGAAAGUACUGCCCGCAUCAUGUGGGCCAUUACUUGGGCAUGGAUGUACAUGACACCCCAGAUAUGUCCCGAUCGCUCCCACUCCAGCCAGGCAUGGUGAUAACCAUUGAACCAGGCAUUUACAUCCCUGAGGACGAUGUGAGCGCCCCAGAGAGGUUCCGUGGCAUCGGUGUGCGCAUUGAGGAUGAUGUUGUGAUAGCGGAGGAUGCGCCACUCAUCUUGUCUGCUGACUGUCCCAAAGAGAUUGACCACAUCGAGCAGAUCUGUGGCCGCAACUCCUGAUGCCCCUUCUUGCAACUCCUGAUGCCCCUUCUUGCCUCUUGCACCCUCCUCAGGAGACACGGCCCUCCAUUGAGACAUGACGCUCCAGGAAUGCAGCCCGUCUGCGAUGGGUUGCAACCAAGCGAUGGGUUGUGCGGACUCUUGAUGGCUGCUUUGAGGCUGUGGGUCUGGAAGGUGGAAUGGAAAUAGCUCAGUCAGUGAGGACUGAAAAACAAAGCUGCCUUUUGUGUGUUCAUCUUCCCUCUGAUUUGGUUAGGGCUGGUGUUGAGCUGCUGUAGAAGGUGAGAGUGGUUUUGUGACCCUGCCGUGUGAAUCCCUCUGUUUGGGUGCCCUUGGAGGGAUGAAUUUUGUCAGUGCCACCAGCAGAGCUUCUGUCUGGUCCCUCUACGCAUGCAUGGCUGCUGCUGCUGAGAACCAGAGCCCUGUUGUUUCCCCUUUAGCAAUAGUUUCACAAUGGUCAGAUUUUAAAAGUGAAACUUUGAAAAAUGCUGUUUUGGAGGAAUAAGCUGUGUCAGACAGCUAUGGUUUCUAUAGAGCCCUGGAAGGGAGAGAAUUGACAGUCAGGAAGAUCUUCUCAGGAAGAGAAGAUUUCUAGGCAUCCUAGGGUUAACGAUGUGUUUGGGGAAAAAAGCCUCAUCUGGUCUUUCAGCAUAUUGGAGGACUUGGUAAUUGUAGAAGGGACUGAUAGAGCUCAGGAGGGUUGGACGUACCCGUUCUCGCUGCCUUCCACGUUCGUUUGUUUUUGUCCCAAAUCUCCAUUGCAGUCUCCUGUUCUGAACCCACCUCUACCCUAGGAAGCAGGGCUGUGCUGGCUGUGCUGGGCUUCACUGGCGAGCUUCUGGUUGUUGCCUACACGUGAGUUGUCCCAUAAGGGCAAAACAGUGUCUGGGGCACUCAGCGCCGUUCUGGUUUUGCUGUAGCUGCCAGUAGUUUCAGCAAUGCGUUUCUGAAGAGUCUGGGGUAUGGUGAGUUGGAGGUCUUUACAGGGUUUUUGUGGAGUAAUUUUCCUUUUCAAAACACUGUGGGCAUGAUCGCAGCUGCCUUUUGGUUUGUGCCAAGUGCAGUACUAGUGCUCUGUGAUUAUAUUUUUGAAGAAGCUGCAAGCAAAUGUAAUUAGUGCCUGGGAUGGAUUAGGAAUAAAGAGUUGAGUCCUCUCUCAAUGUGAGACUACCACCCAGGCUGUUGUAUGCAGUAGUAAAUAUACUUACUAGAGGCACACAUGAUGUUUGCUAUUUACUGAAGGUAUUUUGACAAUCAACUUUUUAUUUAACAUAGUGGAAGAUGCCUCUAAUUAGUACAUCUCCUGGUAUUUAUGCUUGCUUUUGCUUCACAUCAUCUUUUUUCCUCUCUGAUUGUAAAUUCCAGUCUUUUUCCUCAGUUAUUGCCAGUUCUCCUUCUUAUUAUCUUCCUGUAUUGUCUCUUUUUGGCCCACCAUAAUGUCAGUGCUUCCUAAUCCCUGAUCUUUCUAAUCAGUGUCAUUGCCUGUCUUCCUGUCUGCCUUAGUUCCCCACAGUGGAUGUUGUCAGAAGCAUGUGGGGAGGGUAGUCAGGGCUCCUGAGAUCCCCUUCUGGCUCUGGUGCUGACUGUAACUUCUAUCAAAAUCUGCUUUUUUCCCCCCUCAGUGUUUCAUUUUGCUUAGUGAAUGCCACACAGACUCUACACUCUGGGUAUCCUGCAUCUCCCAUUGCUUUUAAUGGGAGACAGGUGGGUGUAUGCACUAGGGUGUGAAUUUGGCACUUGAAAGGCAGUCAAGACAUGCUAUUAUUUUUUUAAGCAUAAUAAAAAGUAAAUGCUUUUAUAGAGUUUAAUCUAUCAGGUUAUGCCUAGUUAAGAGAAUCUGCUAAUUUUUGACGGAAGUCUUUAUUAGAUGCUCAUGUGUUACGGUACCAAGUACAGUAUAAACUGUUGGAAGGAAGGCUCAUUAAGUAUGAAAACACAGGAGUGAUUAUUUUUGAUGUUCUUUGGGUCUGUAACACAUUGUUUGUUCCAAUUACACGUAUUAGAGCUGUAUCAACCAGAACAAAUCUUGGAUUUUGGAACUAUGUAAGCAGCUUAAAAUAACAUUAUCCUGAGAGCUACACGUGUGUACUGAACUAGAUAUCUGCCUCUGUAUCUGAUUGCAAAGAUAAUGAUUGUACUUACUGUAAAUAAGCCUUUGAAAUACAUAUGAAAAGUUUUUUUUUUUUUUUUAAAUAAAACAAUUCAUAGAAAGU